AUGACUCCAACCACAACAACGACAACGACAACGACGACGGCGACAACGACAACGACGACUACAUUAGAAAGGAGAGAGCUCUUUGGCGGUGCGAUCACGGUGGAGCUACCAAAAGGCUUCAUUGACGCAAGCGACUUUCGACAGGUACCGGAUCAUCAAGAGGUGCUCGUAAGGGAUGACUCGGAUGUCAGUCUCAUUGUAGAGGUUCUGCAGCUAGCAAGAGACGAGGGAGCAGACGAGACUCUUGACAAGGCGCUCAGAUUCCACUUCUCAUCAUUAGCGCACGACAACGCCGCAAGCAGCUCCACAGUUGACGAGACACAAGCGCCACCACAAGAUGCUCAACCGCCGGCAACACCUGCACCCGCUCUGCUCACAGGAACUCAGCUGGUCAGCAAGUUCGGCAAAGCGUGCCAGCCCGAAGAGGCAGUGACAAUCAGAGUGGCACUUUGGAGACUUGCUUCAAAGAACAUCGAUCUCGUACUGAGCCUCAACGAGCCAAGCAACUCGCAGCAACCCACACCGACCUCUGAAGCACAAGCCACCUUCCAGCUCGCAGCCCAGUCGCUCCAGAUUCGAGAUUGGAGUCUGUUCGCCUAG